UGGAGAGAGAGAGAGAGAGCUGUGUUUUGUUUGCACACCAAAUUAGAAUCCAUCAAAAAAAUAAAUAAAUACAAUUUCCAUUCCAUUGUAGGCAUUGAGUAGCAAUGUUUUGUGUGACCAAACAAAGACAAACACAAAAAGAAAGCAUUAGUUUGGGAGCGAAUCUGAGAUAUACCCAAUCCAUCAGUUUUUUGGGAUUUGGAGGAGAGGAGAGGAGAAGAAGAAGAAGAAGAAGACGGUGGUGGUCCAAGUUAAGUGGCUGAGGAGUGUCAUCAGAUCGACUCAGUCCCACCUUCCACCUUCCAAUCCCUUGAGUAUACGCAGAUUACUAUUGGCUAAGAGCUGAAGGCUUCUUCUAAUGGAGAAAGGAAAUGGAUGUUGCUCCAUUAUGGCUUCAAGUGCUACCAUUACAUUCUUUCUUGUUGGUAUCACCUUAGUCAUGUGUCGUGUCCUCUAUGCUAUGUAUAGGAGCAGCAAACCUCUUUGCAAAAGAGCUCCACAACCUGUCAGUACCCUCAUUGUUUUAGGUUCAGGGGGUCACACUGCCGAGAUGCUUAAUCUCUUGUCCGUGCUGCAGAAAGACAGGUUUUCUCCCAGAAUCUACAUUGCUGCCGCUACUGACAAUAUGAGUCUCCAAAAAGCUCGUUUGUUUGAAAAUUCCCUUGCUGAUGAGAAUGGGGUUGGGGCAGUAAAGACUGCACAAUUCAUGCAGAUAUAUCGAAGUAGGGAGGUCGGUCAAUCAUAUGUUACUUCUGUUUGGACAACUCUUCUUGCUAUUGUUCAUGCCCUUCAACUAAUGAUUAAAAUUCGACCCCAAGUGAUUCUCUGCAAUGGGCCUGGCACUUGCAUUCCCCUAUGCGCAAUUGCGUUCUUAUUUAAGGUAUUGGGGAUUAGAUGGUCAUCUAUCUUUUAUGUUGAGAGUAUAGCAAGGGUGAAAAGGCUGUCUUUAAGUGGUUUACUUCUUUAUAAGUUAAGAAUAGCUGAUGAGUUAUUUGUGCAAUGGCCACAACUACAGAGAAAAUAUCCCCGGGCUCACUAUGUUGGUUGUCUCAUGUAGUUGAUUGCUUCAUGCUACUGCCAUGGGUACAGAGACUAACCUAAGUUUUUGUAAUGUACUUCCCUAUUUUAAAUGAUUAGUGCUAGUCAAAAAUUUUUUUAAUCACAAGAAAAUAGCAGUGUUUUGAAUCCUAUCCUGGAGAAAGCGGCAAAAAUUAUACAAGUGAUUUUUAAGUU